CAUAUACGUGUAGGUAUUUAAUACAUCAAUUAUAUACAGUUACUAUAUAGACCAAAAUCAAUUAAUCAUAACUAGAAAGUGCUUAAUUAGGAUAUCGUUUUUAAAAAAUCUACUUUCGAUUUAGAAGCAAAAAUAUCCUUGUACUUUGUACCCAACUUUUAUUCACUGUAUUUCUGUCACGAAUGACAUAAACAAGUCUGUUUCGUAUAUCAGCAUGAUAUUUAACACGGAUAUUGAAUGAAACAGUUUUGGAACAUAAUAAUAGUUUCGAUGUAAACAAAUGUUCGUAGGGAUACAAGGUUAUCACUACAGAAGGAAGUACAACUGGGUUUUCCAUUGCUAGAUAUACAGAUCAAAUUGUGUUAAAGUGAGAAAUGGGAAGAAACAAAAGACACAAACCGAUCUUUACUAGAAGGUACAAGAUUUGUACAUCUACAACGCCGAAUCUAAAUCCAAAUAAUUCAAUAAGACCAAGUGUUGAUUAUAGUGACGUAGACUUUGAAUCCAUAACUGUUGACCUCCAACAGGAAGACGAAACAGACACAAAGAACCCAACAAACGAUGCAAAUAGACUAUCUGUAUUUGACCGUUUGGGUACUAAACAAAAGAAAUCGCUGAGUGAACGUAUAGGACAAACUACAACAAAUCAAUCGAUAACGGAUAUUCGAAAAAUUUCAAAAGACUUUCAGGAUAAUAAUAACUUUAAAACAAGAUCUGAAUCAAGCGUUGCAUUCAAAACAACAGAUAGAGCUCACAAAUAUGAUACCAACAUAAGACAGCUGGAUGUACCAACAGAGAACCUUUCGUCACAAGAGAAAACAAAUGAGUCACGAAAACGAAAAAACACAAGCCAAUCACAUAGCACCGACACGAAUUGGAAAAAGAAAAUUAAAACAUCAAACACUGAAAAAUAUGGGGAAAGUAGUAAAAAUUACCACCAUAAUGCACAUGAUUACAAUGACAGAACCAGAGACAAACGACCGUUUCAUAGAAAAAGAACACCUGAAAGGUCACGUUCUAAGAACAACAGAAGUCGAGAACCUCACCUUUCCCCUAGACGACGAGAACGAUCAUCCUUUUCAAAGGAGAGAAAUCGUUGCGUUCGCGUUCCGGAAAGGCAAGAUAUUUCUCUUGACAGACAACGUUCAAGGCAAAAAACUAUAUAUAAACGAUCACGUUCAAAGUCACCACAAAAUCCUAGAUAUAGAGGACAAUCUUCACUAACAAAUACAUCAGAACAGCAAAGAAGACAAACUUCUAGUCCCCAUUUGGUUCACAGACAUACAAGACAACAAAGGUCUCCAUGCAAAAAAACCGACUUUUAUUCAUCUCAUUCAAUUGCUGACAUCAACACUGAACAUGAUAGAAAUACCAAAAAAAUACACGAAAAAGAUAGCAGACAUGAGACCACAAGGUACGGAGUAUCUUCCCAGAAUUCUAAAAAAAAUUGCACGAUAACAAUUCAAAACGACGACACAUACAGCAAUGCGAUUGAUCCAUACACAUACUCGUUAAAUGUGAAUCAAAGAAGGAAUUGCAAAGACCGAUAUCAAUCUCGUUCAAAUGUCAAAUCGAGAGGCCCAAACACAAAGCAAAAUUACAAUGGAAAUAAAACAUUCACAAAACGUUCUCAGAAUGGAUUUGAAGCAUCUGAUCAAAAGAUAGACAUUGCAAAAUUAUCAAACAUGGAUAGCGAUAGUUUAGCGGCUUAUCUGAGUACUUGCAGUAGAGAACUAGACACAUUUCUAUUUAAGCAUGUGGUAAUUGAGCAUAUGUCCUUAUUUUUGCAAGUUAUGUGUCAGGUUUGUGAGUCUAAGCAUAAUUCAUUAGUACAGAAAGCUCUCAAUCCAUUAAAAGAAAGGAAGUUUUUUGACCGACAGGAUAUAAAAGAUAUUAUUUGCGAGCUUCGUUUACAGUUUGAUCAGGAACAAAUUCACAUGCUGACAAAUUUACUUGUUUUGAUGAAAGGGCUUGUAUGUCAUGUCAAGACUGGACCCUCCGAUUUAAUGCAACCAUUAGAUUCUUUAGAAAGAUGUGUUUACGAAAAAGUCAAAGAUGAGAAUCAACAAAGAGACCUAGAGUCUUUAAUACAAGAAAUAAGAGACAAAUGGGAUCCAGAGAAAACUCCUUACACAGAGAACAAACUUUCAACACUAGCUAUAUUGCCAGAUCUUAUUGAAAUACAGUCGUGUGAAAGUUCUAUCGUUGAUACUGAGUAUGAAACAGAAGAAGCCUACUUACGAAGACUAUUUAUGGUUCAUCGUCAAGAUUUUAUUAGGCCCUUAUGUAGAGGGUUGAUGUCUUUAAAAGAUAGUAUAUAUGAAGAUCCAGAUUGCCUUGAGAAAAGAUGGCGACAUGAUGACAUCCGUGUUUUUAAAAAUAUAACUUUUCUAACACGCUGUUGCAAUGAACAGAACGGAUUAACUUGGAAAAUAAGAUUUGAUAUCACUCCAUAUAGUCGAAUCAACUGGAACACCAGAAAGUUACUUACAUUUGGAUCUCUUGUUUGCUUAACUAACAAAACAUUUUCUAUUCUCCAGUACGCAACUGUAGCGGAGCGUAAUGCUGGGGAUCUAAAAAAUGGGAUUUUUGAAAUUAAAUUUACCGAGGAUAUUGGAGAUGUGUCUACAAUUUUUCAACAGUCUGAUGUUCUUCUAAUUGAAAGCCAAGCUUUCUUUCCGUCUUACUUUCAUACAUUGCAAUCACUUAAAUGUAUGCACAGUGAUAUAUUCAUUGGGGAAAAUAGUUUACCUUUCGGGAAACAGUUGUUAAACAAGAGGCGGAGCAUAGAACACAAUUUGCCAGAUUAUUUUGAAUCCCCUAAAUUCGCAGAAGAAGGAUUUGAUAUCAGCUGUUUGAAUUCUGAACUACAGGCAUACAACAUAGAUAUUGCAUCUGAGUCAAACUGGCCUGAUGCAGAUUUUCUCAAAAUGGACGAAUCACAACACAAAGCUUUUCUCACAUCAAUGAAAAGUAAACUUGCCUUAAUACAAGGACCACCAGGAACAGGGAAAACAGUAGUUGGACUCAAAAUAGCUGAACUUCUAUUAAAAAAUGAGCAUAUAUGGCGUCAACAUGAUAACCAAGGGCCAAUGCUACUUCUCAGCUACACCAACCAUGCAUUAGAUAAUUUUUUACUUGAUAUUUCUAAACAAUUUCGAGAAACCGACACCACUGAUAUUGUUCGAUUAGGAACAAGAUCAGAUAAUGAAUCACUGAGAAAAUAUAAUUUGACGACUAAACGCAGAGCAUACAAUUACAGCAAGGAAGAGUACAUUACUCGGAGGGGAGAAGUUGAAACACGCACAAAAAGGGAAAGCUCGGGCGAACUAAAUGGAAUGGCAUUAAAUGCUAGAACAAAUCUGAAAACUAGGAUCAAAGAGCAUGAAAACCUGAAAAAACUACGAGAGGAAAUUCUGACAGGAAUAGUUCAUCAAGACUGGCUCCAUUAUGUAGCUAAUGUGAUUACUGACACACAGUACAGUGCACUCAGGAACGAAGAUUCUUUAAUUAGGUGGCUUAACAUUGGAUCAAUAACACAGCAAGUAGUUUCUAAACAACAUAAUUAUUGGGCAAAUAGUUAUGAAGAAGAUGAUUUUGAUUAUUUGGAUGAAGAGGAAAAUUGGUAUAAUGAUCAAAGUGGAGAUAAUGAUGAAGAGGACAUACAAACAAUGAAAAAAGAUCUACAGAUGCAUUUAGACUUAGAAAAACUUGAAAUGGUGGUUUCUUCAAGCAUUGUAUUUGGCAAAGAGAAAUCGCAAACCAAACCAUGGUUUUGGGAGAAUUACGAUAAGAAUGAAAAAAAUAGUUUAAUCAGAAAAAUAGAGGAGAAACUCUGCUGUACACAAGCAAUGACGAUUGGAAAAGCAAGUUCAGUGUCCAAUAUAUGGUACAUUCACAAUGAAGAAGAAAGGUGGCAGUUAUAUAAAUACUGGGUUCACCAGUCUCUCAUUCCAAUCAAUAAAGAAAUACAAGAUUGUGAGAAAAGCUACAAAAGAGCUCAAGAACGUUAUGAAGAGAUUCAACACAUAGCUGAUAUCAACAUAUUGAAGAGAGCAAAACUUGUAGCAUGUACAACAACUAGAGCGGCAAGAGAUAUAGAAAUACUUAAACGCGUUUCUCCAAGCAUUGUUCUUCUUGAAGAAGCUGCCGAAAUUCCAGAACAUCACGUAGUGGCAUGUUUGACAUCUUCAUGCCAGCAACUUAUUAUGAUUGGCGACCAUCAACAACUGCGCCCUUCUUACAACGAUUACCAAACAGCACGACAACAUAAAAUAAAUAUUUCCCUUUUUGAAAGACUUAUUGGUGGACGUUUCCCAUUUAAACAAUUAGAAUAUCAACAUCGAAUGAGACCAACGAUAUCCAAGCUUUUAGUGCCUCACAUUUAUCGUACAUUGCAAGACGAUAACAGUGUGUUGAAGUACGAAAAUGUCAAAGGAAUUCACUCUAAUAUGUUCUUUUUAUCACAUUCUGUGUUUGAAGAUCGGGAGCGCGAAGAGCUAUCAAAAAGUCACAAGAACACUUUCGAGGCAUUGUUAAUUUGUCAAUUGUACAGGUAUCUCAGAAUGCAAGGAUAUCCAUCUUCUAAAAUAACUGUGCUGUCAACAUACCUAGACCAGGUUCGGCUUCUACGCGACUUGAUUAGGCCUAUAGAAUACGAACUUUCAAAGAAGGAUUCUUAUAUAGAUGGCGUUGUAAAUUGUCCAGUAGUUUCAAAUAAUCAUGACAAACCAUCAAAUGAGCUGGGCGUAAAAGUAACAGCAGUAGACAAUUUUCAAGGGGAGGAAAAUGAAAUAAUAUUAUUGUCACUUGUUAGAAGUAAUAUAGAAAACACAAUAGGCCAUUUAUCCGAGCCAAAUAGAGUUUGUGUUGCUCUAUCAAGAGCAAAAAUUGGACUUUACGCAAUAGGCAAUUUCGAACUUUUAAAAGCGAAAUCAAGACUAUGGAAUGAUAUUGUUAAGGAUGCGGAAGAUAACAAAUCUUUUGGCACACGUCUGCAGCUAACAUGUCAAAAUCACAAGAAUUCAACCUACAUUUCUAAGUCAAACGACUUUGAUCUUGUUGCAGAUGGCGGAUGUCAAAAACCUUGCUCUGUCAGGAGACCAUGUGGCCACUUUUGUUCAAGGAAAUGUCAUGUAGAUGAUCCUGCUCAUUCAAACGAUUGUUCAAAACAAUGUCACAAAGAAGUAUGCGAAAUGGGACAUCGGUGCAUUAAAUCUUGCCAUUUUCCAUAUGCAUGUGGAACAUGCAAUGAAAUUGUGGAAAAGAUCAUAUCUGAAUGUCAACAUAAAAAACGUAUGAAAUGUUCUGAAGAUCCAGAUUUGGCGUCAUGCGAUGAGCGAUGUCAAGCUAUUAUAUCAUGUGGUCAUCUUUGUCAGAGACGUUGUACAGAUCCUUGCAAUUCAGAAGAUGACUGUAUGGAGUUGAUAAAAGUGGAAGCCCGCUGUGGACAUUUAGUACAGGUGGGUUGUUGCACCAAAUAUGACCCACCGUGUAGCUUACCGUGCUUAGUAAUAUUAGCUUGUGGUCACAAAUGUCAAGGAACAUGUUCAGAUUGUAGUCAAGGAAGGCUUCAUGUACCAUGUAAAGAAAAAUGCAAUCGAAACUUAGUAUGUGGACAUAUUUGUAAAGAAUAUUGCAAUUAUCAAUGUCCACCUUGUAAACAGAAGUGCGAUCGACAAUGUAUUCAUGGUGAUAGAUGUAAAAGCAGAUGUGGCGAUAGUUGUAUACAGUGUAUUGAACUUUGUCAGUGGGAGUGUAAAGCAGAAUGUCCAAACAAAUUUAAGUGUGAUAAAUUAUGUAUGGAACCUUGCAAAAGACCAAAAUGUAAUACUCUUUGUAAUACUAUACUAGAUUGUGGCCUCGGUCACAAAUGUUCAGGACUAUUAUGCGAAUGUUCAAAGUGUGUUUGUAAAGUAUGCGAUAACUUGACAGAAAUAUUAUUUGGAUAUGAAGAAGAAGAUAACGCCAUGUUCAUUCGGUUAGAAGACUGCACAUGCGUUUUGGAAGUUAAUGGACUAGACCAAUAUAUUUCAAACGUCCUGGAUAAUACCAGUAACGAAAUCAAGUCUUUGAAAUGCCCAAAGUGCAGUACAAAAAUAUCAAAGUCAAAAAGAUAUUCUAACGAACUAAAACUUAUCAACAAAAACAUUUGUGAAGUAUUUCGAACCAUUCGAAAUAGCGAAAAAGGUACUGAUCUCAAUGCAAAGCGGUUUACUACUAGACAGUUACUCACUGAAUAUGAAUUUGACUUACCUCGUAACAAAUUCACUAAACUAAGGGACAAAGUUCAAACCACUAGAUCGGCCGAUAUUCUGAACAUGAUAGUCGAUCAGUUAACUUUUUAUGAAGAAAUACGUAACCUCAGAAAAAAAAAGUUUCCUUCCGACUGUCGACGGCUAUUAAAAGCAUGGUUAGAUCGACUGGAAACAUGGGUGUUUUUAAAGCGAAGCAGAUAUGCAAGACAAGAAUAUAACGAAUUUUUUCUGGAAAAACGACGACUACAACUAACAGCUGAUAUUCAUAAAUUCCAAAAAGAACUUUAUAAACAAGAUGAGGGACUUGCACUCCCUCAGGAUAUUCAAUAUUACUUGGUAAAACUUAAAUCUAAUGAAGUUGUGCAAGAAGACGAAAUAUCAAAAAUGAGAAGGGAAACUAACGAAGUCUCCUCUAGAAUGAUUGGUCUUACUUUGGAAGAGAAGCAAAUGAUAAAACGAGCCAUGGAGAAUGAAUUUAUGGGAUCAGGACAUUGGUACAAAUGUAAAAACGGGCAUUAUUAUUCUAUAGGAGAAUGUGGCAUGCCAAUGGAGAAAAUAAAAUGUCCACAGUGUGGAUUGGCAAUAGGUGGUGCGGAUCAUAUUCUAACUGAUGACAAUGAGAGAGCUAUGGAUUUUGAAAAUCUUUAAAAUAUUUCAUUUUUAAUUAUAUUCUUUGCUGGUAA